CUUUAAGAUCCGCAAAACGGUAUCGUUUCUUCCUGCGGCUUCAACGUUUUUGUUUUUUCAGAAAACUGAAAAGAAAAAAAGGAAAGACCUUUCUCUGUCUCCUGGCUUCUCCUCUCCUGAGACCCUCUUCUUCGAUUCCGCUUGCGUUUCUUCUCCCAGUCGCCGGAGCAAAAACCCGAACUUUGACAAUCCAAAGAAAGUGUUGUUGAUAGAAAUCAGAUACGGAGGAAGCACUGAUCGAUCUGAAUUCCUGUACAAGAUGUCGAGAUUCAGAGACAGGACGGAGGAUUUCAAGGACUCUGUUCGGAAAGCCGCUGUUUCUAAUGGCUAUAACGAGUCUAAAGUGGCAUCGACAAUGGCGUCUUUCAUUAUACAUAAGCCAAAGGAGAGAUCGCCUUUCACGAAAGCUGCUUUCAAAACGCUGGAAAGCAUCAAGGAGUUGGAUCAGUUUAUGUUGAAGCAUCGAAAGGAUUAUGUUGAUAUGCAUCGGACUACAGAACAGGAAAAGGAUAGCAUUGAACAAGAAAUUACUGCUUUUAUCAAAGCUUGCAAAGAGCAGAUUGAUAUUCUUAAAAACAGCAUUAGAAAUGAAGAAGCAAACUCCAAAGGAUGGCUUGGCCUCGCAGCGGAUAACUUUAAUGCUGAUACUAUAGCACAUAAACAUGGAGUGGUUUUGAUUCUGAGCGAGAAACUUCAUUCAGUCACUGCACAGUUUGACCAGCUUAGAGCUACUCGUUUCCAAGAUAUUAUUAACCGAGCUAUGCCGAGAAGAAAACCUAAGAGGAUCGCAAAGGAAGCUACUCCAGUUAACGCAACUCUGGCAAAUCCAGAAUCCAUAGAACCGAAUGAAUUUCCGGCCCAGCCUCGUAGAGUACAACAGCAACUUCUAGACGAUGAAACACAAGCCCUUCAGGUGGAGCUAAGUAAUCUUUUAGAUGGUGCCAGGCAGACGGAGACUAAGAUGGUGGAGAUGUCUGCAUUGAACCACUUGAUGGCAACUCAUGUUUUGCAACAAGCCCAGCAGAUAGAGUUUUUAUAUGACCAGGCGGUUGAGGCAACAAAGAACGUGGAGCUUGGAAACAAAGAGCUUUCUCAAGCAAUCCAACGUAACAGCAGCAGCAGAACCUUUCUUUUGCUGUUUUUCAUCGUCCUGACAUUCUCCGUCUUGUUCUUGGAUUGGUACAGUUAAUGACCAUUCAAUUUCCAAGAACCUCACGCAGUUUCUGUAGAUUUUGAUUGUUAAAACAAAUAAAUUAUGAAAAUUUGGAAAAGGGUUUGAUGUUAAACGAAGAAAUUGUAAAACUUUGAGAGGGAUUUGGAUCGGACUCACCGCCAUUAUUACCAAAUUUGACACCUCUGAGAU